UUUGGGGACUGUUUACAAAGUCACGUUGUGGGGACUCGCCUUCCAAAUGGGGACAAAAUCCACGUCAGGGUUAGGUUAGGGUAAGUAGCAGUUACAGUUAAGGUUGGGGUAAGUCCCCAGGAAAUGAAUGUAAGUACAUGUAAUGUCCUCAAAAGUCAUAAAAACAUGACUGUGUGCAUGCGUGCAAACCCAUCCCUGCUGUAUGAGCAGACAUCAGCUUGAAGUUUCACAGAGAAACAUGAAUCAUUUGACAGAUGACAGCUCCGAUCGGCUCCAACUUCCUUCUUUCUAAAGAAAAAUCCCUCCUGAACAACACAAGGCCCUGACAUAUAGACAGAUGUUGUAACAUCUGGUCUCUACCACUUUUUUUGUUUUCACAUAACAAUAUGUAAUGAUUUUUGAGUCCAGUAGAACAUUGUUUUUUAAGUAAGCACCAGGGAAUUGUUUUUUAUUUGCUUUUGUUACACUUGUUAACUCUGUGACGAAACAAAUGGAGUUUUACUUUUACAUGUUUGUUUUUUUCCAAAUGCAUGAAACCGAAACACUCUCACAAGUGUCAUAAACAUCGUCACACCCUUUGACAGGCCAUUAAUCAGAGAUAAUGUAGAAUGUGGCCUCGCUCGGUUGCUUCUCCACCUGGCUCCAGUCUCACUGCGAUGAUCAUUUGCCUUCAUUGUUGCGCCAUCUUAUUGUUUCAGUACGGUUGGGAUAGUUUGAUCUCCUUGAUCCUGCAACGGGAACAUCUGUUCUCAGUACAAACAACCACCGGCGCACCCAGCUCAGGCCCUUUUCUCCUACACUGUUCCUAUUUUGCCUAUUUGUCUCCCUGUGUUUCCUCUCCUGAGGUGAGGAAUGUGUGUGUGUGUGUGUGUGUGUACAUGGUGGUCAUGGUGGUCGUGAUUCCCUGAGGUUGGGGCUUUCCAGCAAAUUUAGUGAUUUCCCAAAUCAUUCUGCUCUCUAUUCUCCUCCUUUUAUUUUUUCUCCUCUCUUAUCCAGCCCACUCAGCACUCCUCCCUUCAUAUGCUUCUCGUUUGUUGGGAGUUUGUCAAUCGCACAGGAUCUGUGUUGACAUGCACCUUUGGAAGCCAUCAUCAUCCGACCCCCUCUGCAUUGAGGUUUUACCUGCAGCCAUUGGAGGAAAUGUCACUGCUGCUUUGAACUCUGGACACCUACAAUCGAAAGUGAUGACGCUGAUGUUCUCCUCCUGAAGGAUUUCUCUUCACCAGCAGCUCUUGUUUCCAUCGAGGCGUGUGAUUAUGAUGCUCCGGGCAGCGUGUGCUAUGUUCAUAGAAAGGGAAUGUGAGGGAGUGUGUGUGUGUGAUGGGUUGGAGAGUGCAGCGUGAGGAUAAAGUGUUCCUUGAGGUUUACCUAACCCCUGCAUUAGUGGCAGGACCACAGUAACCACCUCCAGAUGUUUGAGAGCACAAUCUGACUGAUUAUUUACAACAAGGCCAAUGAACAUCGCCCUCUUCACACUAUAACGCUUUACUCUUUGCUCCUUCGGCAAUGCCCAAGUUAAUGCUUAAUCUAAGAACAGACCCUUAAUUGCUGAGGGCCAAGCCCGGUUUAUGGGGAGGGAGGUUCCUUGGAUGUGAACAGUCAUUGCAAAGCAGAGGCACACAAGUUCAUCAGACUCAUCUCUACCAGUCAAGCAACAGGACCUCCAGGACUGACCAUAGGAAGCAGCCAACAUGCCCAAGAACUCCUCCACAUCCAAGGCUUUCGCCGCCGCCUUUUUCGUCCUGACCGUCUCCGUGAUCGCCGGCACUGUCACCAUGAUCAUUUUGUAUAAGACCGAGAUCUCUUCAAUGAACCCGACGCCCCGUCCAACGUUCCCGUCCACCACCACAAGCGCACCGCCCGUCAUGCGGCUGCCGGGGAAUCUCAUACCUCAAAGCUACAAGGUCUUCCUCCAACCUCACCUCUACAGCCGAAUCAUCGCGGUGGUUAACGUCACCAGUCCCAACCAGACGAUGCUCUUCACUGGAAACUCUACCGUUAACUUUCACUGUGUCCAGAGGACUAGCACCAUCUACCUCAACAGCAUGUACCUGACAAUUUCCGAUCCAGAGGUGAGGAACACAAACACGAAUGAGAAGAUCGAUGUGUCCUCGGUGGAAAACCACGAUGACGACACUAACUUCCUUGAGAUCCAGUUGAAUGAUGCAUUGGAGGCAGGAGGGAACUACAGUUUGUUUCUGGCGUUCAAGGGAGAUAUGUCCGAUAGUCUUGAUGGAAUAUAUGUAAGCACAUAUGUUGAAGGUGUCCCAGCUUUUGAAGGCGAUACAGAUGUGGAGAGAUUCCUUGUUGCCACCACUUUGCAACCAACAGAUGCCAGGAGAGUGUUUCCUUGUUUCGAUGAGCCGGAAAUGAAGGCAGAGUUUGAAUUAAUCAUCACCCACAGGAGAGAGACAAUAGCUCUAGCGAAUGCGGAAAAGUCAGGCUCCAAUAUCCUAGACGAAGACUGGAUGUACACUAGUUUUCAUCCAACACCGAAGAUGUCAACGUACUUGUUUGCCUUCACGGUUUCAGAGUUAACAUCAACUCCCACCCCACAUGACCGUGUGGAAAUUAAAACGUAUGCCCGUCCUGACGCCACUGCAGCAGGCCACGCUCAGUAUGCAGCCAACGUCACCGGAAAGAUUCUCAAGUUCUUCGAAGGCCAUUUUGGAAUUGAUUACGAACAGCAAAAGCUAUAUCAAAUUGCACUGCCAGACUUAGGUCCUUCAGCAAUGGAAAACUGGGGAUUGGUCACAUACCGGGAGGGAAGCCUGCUCUAUGAGGAAGGAGUGUCCUCACCGUUGGAAAAGGGAAUGAUCGCCUCUCUCAUUGCGCAUGAACUGGCACACCAGUGGUUUGGAAAUCUGGUGACAAUGAAGUGGUGGAACGAAAUUUGGCUGAACGAAGGCUUUGCCACCUACAUGGGACGCCUUGCAGUGGACCGUGUUGAGCCUACAUUUCAAUUAAAAGACUACAUGAUAAUGAACGACCUCCAUUCAGCAUUUGAGCUGGAUGCCCUGGAAUCGUCCCACCCUCUCAGUCCUCCGCAGGAAGAUGUCCAGAGGCCUUAUGAGAUCAUAGAGAUGUUUGAUCCUAUAACCUACUCUAAGGGGGCAGCUGUGUUGGCGAUGCUGGCAGACAUCUUGGGAGAAAGGGUUUUCAACAAAGGAGUCAAAAUGUACCUCUCUGACUUUAGCUAUAAAAACACAGACGAGAAGGAGCUUUGGGAAUAUAUACAAAAGGCGGAACAUGAGGAUGGUGGUCACAUAGAGGUUGCCAAAGUAAUGAACACCUGGACCAAGCAAAUUGGCUAUCCUCUCAUCACCAUCAACACUACCAAUGGAGAAGUCUACCAGAAGCAUUUCCUGUUAAAUGACUCUUCCGAAUCUAGUCUUUGGUGGCACGUCCCGAUCAGAGUCAUGUCAAACACAUCAGAAUCUUCUUUUGUCUGGUUGGAAUCAAGCGGCACAGCAACGAAAGACGAAUUCAUUUCUAAGAGUGGAGAGUGGAUCCUGGCAAACGUCAACUGUUCUGGAUACUACAGAGUCAAUUACAACCCAGAGAACUGGGAACGCCUCCUGACUCAACUGGAGACAAACCCACAUCGAAUCCCACCGUUGAACAGAGGGCAGCUUGUUGAUGAUGCAUUUAAUCUGGCAAGGGCCAAAGUUGUCGAAGUCACUCUGGCUCUGAAUUCAACACGCUUCCUUCGGAAGGAGUUAGAAUAUGUUCCCUGGGACUGUGCAGUCAAGAACCUUGGGUACAUUGUCCUCAUGUUUGACCGCUCCGAGGUGUAUGGACCCAUGCAGGCAUACCUCCGCAAACAGGUUAAGGGCCUGUACAACUUCUUAAGAAACUACACAGACAAUUCACAAGUCCCAGAGGAUCACUCCCUACAGUACAACCAGAUCAACGCCAUAGAGGUGGCAUGUUCCAAUGGACUCCCAGAAUGCGUAGCGAUGGCUACAAACCAGUUUGCCAGAUGGAUGAACAGCAACGGCACUAACCACAUCCACACCAACCUGCGGUCUACAAUCUACUGCCAAGCUCUGGCUGCUGGUGGAGAAAAAGAGUGGGACUUUGCCUGGAACAAGUUUCAGAGCUCCAGCGACACCUCAGAGAAAGACCAGCUCCGUAGUGCUCUGGCUUGCACCAAGAAGACCUGGCUGCUCAACAGAUACCUGGGGUAUACUUUGAACCCCAACAAGAUACGUCUGAUGGAUGUCGCGUCCAUUAUUUACUCCGUAGCUUAUAAUGCAGCGGGGCACGCGCUGGCCUGGAACUUUAUCAGAGCACACUGGGACUACGUCAGUCUGGGGUCGGGAGCCAUGCUGAUCGGGGAAGUGAGCAGCAGGUUCUCCACCCAAUUUGAACUGGACGAGCUGGAGCGUUUUUCGAAGACGUACUAUCUGGGUCCCUCUACCAGGGCGGUGCAGCAGGCCAUAGAGCAAACCAAAGUCAACCUCCAGUGGGUCAGCGAGCACAAAGAUAUUAUACUAGAGUGGUUUGAAAAUGAAGCAGCUUCGUAGAGUGGAAGAGCACCAUCUCGGAUUGGAUUGCUAGCAGUUUGAAUACAGUCCUCCACUAAAUCCACGUCAAACACAAGAGCCGAUCAGGACUGAUUCACAAUUUCCCACCAAACAAUUUACCAGACCGAACUGUGACUGUGCAGCAACAUUAGACUAGUAUAUAUAGUAUGUAUAGUAUAGUACUGACAAUUCAAGAGAGAAAUGUGGCACCAAAGUGAAAACACAGCAUUGUUUGUGUAUAUACAUUAUUUAUACAUUAUAUUCAAUGCUAACAGUGAGAGUACCGAGAUUUUUACUCCACCGUCAUUUUUGCACAUGAUGCUGAAAUAACAUCAGUCAAUUUCAAAGUGUAGUUGUAUGUUUGAAAAUGUUUUAUGCAUGAUGAAAAUUAGAUAGCUAGAUAGCUAGAUAGAUAGAUAGAUAGAUAGAUAGAUAGAUAGAUAGAUAGUAAUUUUAUUGAUCCCGUGAGAAAUUCAAGUUUCCAGCAUCACAGUUCACAAUGAUAAGAUUUACCAAACAUUGUACAUCUCAAAAUCAUUUUUUUUGUUCUUGUUGUCCCAUUAUCAAAAUUAUUUUACAAUCAAAACUUUGUGUUGGAGUGAAACUUCCAUUGGUUAUAUUAAUCUCCUGGCAUAUUUUGAGAACAAACAGUGAUUCAACAUUAGUGAACUGGAAAAUUAACCAGCGUUUUGAUGCUGCCAGUUUACACACUAGCUUCUCAACAAUUUGCACAAGUCAGAGCCAAAGGACAGAUCUUCCUCUAUUUGUUAUAGGGAACAUGUUUAUAUGUGUAUGAAAUAUGUUGUAAUCAAGGAACCAAAUUAUUCUUAUAUGUGGCUGAAAUUGUUAUUUUUUAAUGAUAAAACAUUGUUAAAUCAUUUAA